AUGAUAAGAUAUUUGACCAGAUAUCUUCUUGAAGAUCAUGAAAAGGAAACCAAGUCUACUUUCUCAGUUCUCAGUUCUCAGUUCUCAGUUCUCAGUUCUCAGUUCUCAGUUCUCAGUUCUCAGUUCUCAGUUCUCAGUUCUCAGUUCUCAGUUCUCAGUUCUCAGUUCUCAGUUCUCAGUUCUCAGUUCUCAGUUCUCAGUUCUCAGUUCUCAGUUCUCAGUUCUCAGUUCUCAGUUCUCAGUUCUCAGUUCUCAGUUCUCAGUUCUCAGUUCUCAGUUCUCAGUUCUCAGUUCUCAGUUCUCAGUUCUCAGUUCUCAGUUCUCAGUUCUCAGUUCUCAGUUCUCGGUUCUCGGUUCUCGGAAUCUCUUCUGGCUAAUUAUAAAGAUACAUGCUGGGCUUGUGCCAAUUUAAUUCCACAAUCGGUUGCAAAUUGUGAUUUUAACAACAUUCUUUCCGCCGAAUUCAGGGAUUGUUUGUGCUCACGGAAGCGUCAUGUUCGAAUGUACAUAAAGCAUUGUGGUAAAUGCCUUGGUGUUUCUAAUGACGAUUUUAGAGACUAUGACCCAUCUAUCGACAUUCAACCUACAGAUUUGAUUGAAAAUGAUGAUCUCCCUGACGAUGUUAAAGAAAAAUUAAAUGGAAUUGUUCACCUUGUUCAAAUAUUUUGUAAAAAAGAAGUCAAUGAUGAACCAACUGACUGGAAUACCCAAGAGAUAGACACAGAAUGGGAAGCAGAAAUAUCUAACUUUUACUCUACAGCCUUAAAUACCAUAGGCUCAAUUUUACAAAUUUCCUCGUUAUCAACUGAGUACUAUAUUGGAAGCACUUCUAAAAGUUCUACUUUGCAAGAAUUUAUAUCUUCCCAACAACUUACCACAGAUUUAUCGUUGAACCCGUCCAUUGAAUCCUCCAUUGAAUCCUUCAUUGAAUCAUCUAUUGAAUCAUCUUUUGAAGUCUUUUCAGUAUCAUUUAUUACAUCAUCUUCUAAUCCAUCUCAACAAACGGCCCUGAUGUCGUUUCCCGAACCAUCUCCAGAACCAUCUCCAGAACCAUCCCCAGAACCAUCUCCAGAACCAUCUCCAGAACCAUCUCCAGAACCAUCUCCAGAACCAUCUCCAGAACCAUCUCCAGAACCAUCUCCAGAACCAUCUCCAGAACCAUCUCCAGAACCAUCUCCAGAACCAUCUCCAGAACCAUCUCCAGAACCAUCUCCAGAACCAUCUCCAGAACCAUCUCCAGAACCAUCUCCAGAACCAUCUCCAGAACCAUCUCCAGAACCAUCUCCAGAACCAUCUCCAGAACCAUCUCCAGAACCAUCUCCAGAACCAUCUCCAGAACCAUCUCCAGAACCAUCUUCAGAAUCAUGUACAGAAUUAUCUCCAGAGCCACCCAUUGACUCGUCUUUAGGGUCACCCACAAACCCAUUUAUACAAUCAUUUACAGAACUAUCUCUUGAACCAUCCCCGGAACCAUCACCAGAGUCUUCGCUUAAACCGUUUUUAGAACUAUCUUCUGAACUAUCUUUUAAACUUUUCCCUAUGUCUUCUUUAGAGUCAUCUCUAGAAAAAUCGCCCAAGAUAUCUCUUGAACCCUACUCACACUCAUUUUUUGAGCCAUCACCGGGAAAUUCUUUUGAAUUAACUCUUGAAACCACUUUAGAAAAAUUACCAGAAUCGAUUUCGGAAUCACAUUUUAAAUCAGAUUUUGAAAUAUUUUCAAAGCCCCCCUUAGGACCAUUUCAAGAAACAUCAUUAGAAUCAUUCUCAGAAUUAUUGUCUUCAGAAGGAUUUGAAUAUACAAUAUUUACUCAUCAUUUUGAAACUGGUGAAUCCAAUGAACGUGAAACCUUAACGACUACCUCUUUUGAUGUUCAGAUUUUAUUAACUUCGAAUAUUAAAGAAAUUUCUAAGACAAGUACAUCUAACAACAUGAAUGAAUGUACACAGUCACCCUCAAGCUCUUACUUUGAAUAUAUUACUUGCACAAGCUUUUUGACGGAGAUCAUUAACAAAGCUAGUAUCAACAAUGAGAUGAUUUCUUCAAGUGUUGAAGAAUCUUUCAAAAAGCCUUUUUUUCUAAAUUCUACGUUCCGAAGCAGUCUUUCUAUCAAUCCCUCCACUAAUAUCAUAUCUUCAAAUGGUUCUGACAUAAGGUUUGUGACUUUGACAACUGUUUUCAUCGAGACAUUUGAAUAUUCUACACUCAUUUCGCCUUCCUUUGAUACGACCACUUCUUUAAAUAAUGAAUCCAGUUUAAUCACUAAAUCAUUUGACAUUGAAAAUAUCACUCAAACAACUUCAAUCUUUACAAACUAUGUUUCAAAUACUACAAUAUCAUGUGUUGAUGGUAUUUCUAUUCCUUCUCCAACGCCAACAAUUGUUUUGCCAAAUAUUACAAUUUCAUUUCCAAGCAUGGCAAAUAAAAAUAAAAAUAAAACUUUAUCAACAUCAAAUUUGAAUGCUUCAUCAUUAUCUCCCCAUCCGUUUGUCACUACCUUUUAUAAUAAAACAGAUUCUCACUUCGUUUCCAUAAAUCAAUCAACCCCCAUAAUUUAUUCUUUUCAUUCUAUUAACUCUUUUAUUACUGACUCUUAUCCUAAUUUAACUUCUAAUACCCCUACCAAGAGUUUUAAUACAUCAAUAAUGCAAUGGGCUUCUGGUGUUACUUUGUCUCCCAUUACUUCAUGGAACAAAUCUUUAGCUAACUUAACUUUUCAAGCUACUAUAUAUCCCUAUAUAACAUCAUCAACUCCUACAUUUAAUGUAUCUAAAGAAAAGCAUUCAACUGUAUUUAUACCGACUUUCACUAAAGAUAAAAUAUCUCUUUUUCCUGUCACUUCAAUAGCACCUUCUAUUAUUACCUCAGACACUCAGCCCCAUAAUAGUAAUACUGAUCGAAAUUUGACCAGCCCAGUUUCAGUUAAACAUAACUCAUCAGUUUAUCACAUGAUAUCAGCAAAGAAUGCUUCCGUUAAAACUCCUCAGGUGUACUUUAAUUUAACGUCGGAGUUAAUCCCUGUUAUUGAAUCAAAGACUUUGAUUUUCACAUCGAUUUCAUCGGGGUCACCAUUACCCGCUCCCAUAUUUGUUAACUACACUAAUAUCACAAAUGCAAUGGAAUUUCGAACUUCUGUUGUAUCUUUACAAAUAGCUCAAGAUAAGCCAACUACUGCGCCAAAUUAUUAUUCUUCUUUAAAUAAUCAUUAUACUUUUUCUGGAGAUUCAGAUAAAUUUAUUAGUCAUGUGCAAAAUACUGAGAUUGAAAUUCCUGAAAAGCUUACUUAUUCGUUUACGUCUGAAGGUUUAUCAUCAUCUCUUUCAGAAUUUGCACCAACAGAGAUUAUUACAGCAUACUCUAAUCAAGAAACUUUGAUUCCUUCAGAGAAAUUGUCAAAUGUUGAUAUUAAUCACCCAUUUAAAUCAAGUUCAAUUCAAUCAGCUAAUGAAUUCAGCUCUAAGUCUUCAUUUGUGUUAAAUUCUAAGUCUAUCGAAGAUACUAGUUCAAGUUCUAAAAUCUUUUCCAAGUUAUCACAAGUUUCAAAUCAGAUUUCUCUUUUUACUUUUUCUUUACAUACAAUAUCAUCGAAAAUUUUAUUUUCAGAAACAGUUAAUCAAGAGACACAAACGUAUGUCACUUUAUUAAGUGUUUCAGAUAAAAUAGCAUCUUCUACUGUUAUAGCUCCAAAAGCAAUAAACAAAACGGCUAUUAUUGAAAGUCACAAUACUGGUUAUAAUUCUGCUUCCAUUUAUGAACCUGAUUUAAGUAAUACUCCUACUCCAAUUGAUACUCCUACUACAAUUGAUACUCCUACUACAAUUGAUACUCCUACUACAAUUGAUACUCCUACUACAAUUGAUACUCCUACUACAAUUGAUACUCCUACUACAAUUGAUACUCCUACUACAAUUGAUACUCCUACUACAAUUGAUACUCCUGCUAAAAUUGAUACUCCUGAUACUAUUAAUUCGCUUUUUGAAAUUAAUACGCUCAAGUCUAGCAAUUCUCAUACUUCCAUUAAUUUACCUGCUCAAGUUAACAGUUAUGUUUUAGCUAAUGGAACAGUAGUAUCCAAUGAUCUGGAUUUAUCUGUCGCUGUUGAUAUGCCUAACAUAAUUGGAAUAUCGGCUAUUAAACCACAAACCCAUAGUAUCACCCCUUAUCAGUUAUCAACUGAACAAUAUUUUUCAGAAAUUUCAUCUUCUGAUGUUUCCUUUUUAAAAAGUAUUCAGGAUCAAUCAAUUUGGUUAAAUUCCUUUUCAUCUACUGCCAAAAAUUCUCCAACUUUAACAUUAAAAUUACCUUUGAGCACACCCAACUCUGUUUCUUAUUCUACAUAUAUUUUUACACCUGAAAUAACGUUAGAAUCUCAGUUUUCAUCGAACGCCUCACCAUUUUCAGUUGUGUCGACAUCAUAUAGCAUUUCCUCUCCUUCCUCUCCUUCCUCUCCUUCCUCUCCUUCUUCUCCUUCUUCUCCUUCUUCUCCUUCUUCUCCUUCUUCUCCUUCUUCUCCUUCUUCUUCUCCUUCUCCUGCACACAAAACAUCGACUUAUACAUUGUCAUCAGCAGGUGGUGUUGCUAGAAGCUAUAGAUGGAAUCAUUAUUAUGAUUGGUUUUUUUCUGUUUUCGUUUUAAUUAUGUGA